AUGAGUCAGACUACGCUCAUCACGUUCGCAAUAUUACCGGCUGAGGCCUUGUUCUAUGAAGCAACGGGCAAGAAAAUCAAGAAUUUUCAUUUACAGAAAUGUAAGGCAAAGGAAAAUGUUAUAGUGCCAAUGGUCUUAAUGGGUCAUGGCGGCGUGAAUCAACUAGGCGGCGUGUUUGUAAACGGGCGGCCGUUGCCCGACGUUGUACGACAGCGGAUAGUGGAGCUGGCGCACAGUGGCGUUCGGCCAUGCGAUAUCAGUCGGCAACUCCGAGUAUCGCAUGGAUGUGUCUCUAAGAUACUUUCUAGGUACUAUGAAACGGGUAGCUUCAAGGCUGGUGUGAUUGGCGGUUCUAAGCCGAAAGUGGCCACCCCACCAGUAGUCGAUGCUAUUGCGGCGUACAAGAGAGAAAACCCUACUAUGUUCGCGUGGGAAAUUCGUGAUAGACUUCUCAGUGAGGGCAUAUGCAGUCAGGACAACGUGCCCAGUGUUUCAAGUAUUAAUAGAAUUGUUCGUAAUAAAGCAGCAGAAAAAGCGAAGCAUGCGCACAAUCAGCAACAACAACAGCAACAAGAGCAAGAAAUUACUUCUGCCCAAGGAAGUGUUGUUUCUGUGAUAACCCACGCCGGCAACGCGGGAACAACAGCAGUUCUAUCACCAACAACAGAACAACACGUCACCAAUACCGGCAGCUACAGCAUCAACGGUAUACUUGGCAUUGAGCAGGUGGAGAGUCUGCAUAAUGGGAACGGACUGAAGAGAAAGAGGCAUGAGGACCAGGAUGAGAACAGAGACUUCAACAGCCAUUCGGAGGAUGAUGUGAAAAGACAGAGAAGUCACUAUAAUGGAGAUCAAAUCUAUUCUAAUCUAUGGUCAUCAUCUAAAUGGAGCUUAAAAGACGAAUAUAAGUUACUAUCGGAGCUAGGAGGAAGCACGGGUUACUACGGCGAGCUAUUCGAAGCGCCCUACGAACAUCCUGCGCACCCGCACUAUGCGUCACACUCCGGUUAG